AUGGAAUCUCAAGAUUCGAAGAACUUAGUUUUCCCUCAUUUCGUUAGAGAUAAUUUCAAAGAACUUAGUGUUUCCAGUUUCUACGUUAACCAAGAAGGAGUAUGGGAAAAGCUUAAAGCACCAGUCUCCCGCAUCAAUGAUUCAACGUCUAAGAAGAGGAAGACAACAUCUUGCAAGAUUGACUGUAAAGCCAAAGUGAUAUUUAAGCUUGCGAUGGGAACAUGUUACAAGAUUACUGAAUUUGUUGAGGGACAUACACAUACCAUGGUGCCUAUACCAGCAAGAGAUCUCAUGCAAAGUAACAGGAAUCUGGAUGAAUUCCAACAAAGAUUCAUACUUUCUGGUAUAAAGGCUAACAUUGGUCCAAUGCGUUCGUUCAGAAUGUUCAGAGAGAUAAUGGGCAGUUAUGAAGGAAUUGGAUGCACGGGUACUGACUUCAAGAAUUUUGUCAGGGACUUGAAGGUGCACUCCAAAGGAUCUGAUGCACAUAUGUUGUUGGAGACAUUUACAAAUAGGCAAGAACUUGGAAAUGGAUUUAAGUCCUUCCAUGAUGUCGAUGAAGACAAUAAAUUGUGUAGAAUUAUUUGGGCUAAUGAGAUGUCGGUCAAGAAUUUCAGUUUGUUCGGAGAUGCCGUGUCAUUUGAUGCUACCUAUAAUAGAAACAGGUACAAGUUGAUUUUCACCCCAUUCACUGGCAAAGAUAAUCAUGGGAAAUGCGUCUCAUUUGGAGCUGCGCUAAUAUCUCAUGAAGACACGGAGUCGUACGCUUGGGUGUUGGAUAGGUUCGAUAAAAUCAUGGGAAAUGCACCGAGGAUUCUAAUAACGAACCAAGACCCAGGUCUCAAAAAAGCGGUUGCAUCCUGUUGGAAAGAAACACACCACAGGUUUUGCAUGUGGCACAAAAAUAUCAAAGUUGCUGAGAAAUUGCCACCGAGAUUGAGAGAAAAUACUGCUUUCAAAACAACAUAUGAUAAUAUUGUCUGGACUGACGACGAUGAUGCGGAUGUUUUUGAGGAAAAAUGGAAUAACAUGAUUCAGGAGUUUGAGCUCUCUUCAAAUAAGUGGUUCACUGACAUGUUCGAAGAGAGAUCAAUGUGGAUUCCUGCUGGUGUUGAUGCACAGAGGUAUAACUACAAAUUGUCAACUCACAACGACGAGACACGUAGCCCUACGAUGGUCACAAAUCUUCCCAUCGAACGUAAUACAUCGGUGGUCUACACUAAUUCUGUCUUUAAAGAUGUUCAGGAUGAAAUAGAUCAUGCAAGCAAGGCGUGUGGAAUGCAUAAGAUGUACUCCGAAGGGAACAUCACGAUCUACGAGGUUGAUGACAAGCUUGAUGGUGUUUUCUUGGUGCGCCACAUGAAGUCCGAGGACGAAGUGAUAUGCAGCUGUAAUUUAUUUGUUAGGAAAGGUACGCCGUGCAAGCAUAUGUUUUUCGUAUUCCGGAAUUUGAUCUUGACAAUAUUCCUCAAAAGUACCUUGUUGUGCGGUGGUGCAAAUUUAGCAUUUUAUGCCCGAAUGAAUCAUAUGAUUAACAGUGUAGUAGCUCCAAACAGCCGACAUCAAGUUAGUGAGACAAUUGCACAUGUUAGAGGCCAUGAGGAGUUGUCUGAGCAAUUAUACAACAAUCUCAUUGAACUUCGAGAUAAGUUUGUGGAGAAUGGAGCAACAAGCACAACUGCAUGCUCAAAGACCAGGUUGUUUAAUAAAUUUUAUGGUUCAGCACCUACAGAUUCACCUACCGUGCUGCCUCCUGACAUAGCCAAGACCAAAGGAAGUGGCGUAGGUGGACGCAGAAGAUCGGAACAAGAGAAGGCCAUGAUUCUCGCACAAAAAACCUAA